GGGAGACUCCAAAGUGCACUGAGUCUAAGAGUGACCAAAACAGCUUGGAGACGCCGUUCAGAAGAUGCGUUGAUUUCUGCUUUCUUCUCACUGUAAGAAAUGGAAGAAAAAGAACAAGAUGACACAUGCAGUAUAUUUCCGGCAGUGCUGCCAUCUGGGACUGAGAUCAAGGCUCGAGUGCAGCACUUCAUAGAGGAUCAGUUACAGAGUACCAUGUGGACUGGUGUGCUGAUUGGAGCUGCUGUUGCUAUUUCAUUUAUCAGUAUUGUGGCCUUUUUUCUGCACAGAAGAUACAAGUUUGGAGAAGAGCAAGAUGAAGGUCCUAAAUAUCGUUUCAGAAAAAGAGACAAAGUGAUGUUUUAUGGCAGGAAGAUCAUGAGAAAGGUCCAGACCUUAUCCUCACCAGCCACUUCAGGUCCGGUGUCUCAAAAGCGAUCCAGAAAAAGAACGAAAGUUCUAUCGAUAGCUCGCAAAAUCCUGCGCAUCCGAAGGGAGCCACCGGCUCUGCAGCCAAAAGAGCCUCCACCUUCACUCUUGGAAGCAGAUCUGACUGAGUUUGACAUGCAGAACUCUCACCUGCCCUCUGAGGUCUUGUAUAUGCUGAAAAAUGUGAGGGUUCUGGGUCAUUUUGAGAAGCCUCUGUUCCUAGAACUGUGUCGGCAUAUGGUGUUCGUGCAGCUGCAGCAAGGGGAAGGAUUAUUCCGCCCAGGUGACACUGAUGACAGCAUCUAUGUAGUACAGGACGGGCGUCUUGAUCUGUGUAUCCAUGAGAAUGAUGGGACUGAAGUUGUGGUGAAGCACGUUUUGCCUGGAGACAGUGUUCAUAGUCUUCUCAGCAUCCUCGAUGUCAUCACUGGACAUCCAGCUCCCUAUAAAACUGUCUCAGCCAGGGCAGCAGCCCCAACUACUGUUCUCCGCCUUCCUGCGCAGGCUUUCCAAUCUGUCUUUGAGAAAUACCCAGAGACCCUAGUUCGAGUUAUUCAGAUCAUCAUGGUGCGUCUUCAGAGAGUUACCUUUCUCGCCCUUCACAACUAUCUAGGCCUGACCACAGAACUUUUUAAUAAGGAAAGGCAAGCUGUUCCACUGGACUCAGUGGCCAGUGUUGUAGGAGAAGCCAGUCCAGGCAAAGGACUACGCAGACACUCACAGACAAUCGAGGAAGCUUCUGAAAAGUUCCCGCAGAGGUCAACAGACCAUUAUAGUGACACAAGUCAGAUGUACAGAGGAGAGGAUGGUGGGAAGCAUCGUACAGAAAGUCCUACCGCUUUAUUCAGGAAGUCUCGCUCACUGUCAACACCUUUUGACGGCACCCAUGCUGGGUCUCCUGACCACAAUAUGGCCUUUGACAGGGCAAGCAUUACAAAAGAGGAAGCCCCUACAAGUCCUAUUGCCAUUCAUAAGUCAAUACUGAAGAAGUCUGUGACAAUGCAACAUUCUCCUUCAGCCGUGUUUCACUACUCAGACACUGGGGGGCACUCCAGCCACAUCCACCAUUGUAAAGUUAAUGCCAUUUUCCAAGCUGCCAAGAAGGACUUGAUUAAAAUUAUUCAGCUUCAGGACACCAGUCUUCUGGAAGAUAGGGUGACUUUGAGACAAGUAAAAGCAGGCUCUGUUGUUGCAAGCGAGGGAGAUCAGGAUGUGAGCGUACAGUUUGUCAUCUCAGGAACUCUCCAUGUGUACCAGAGACUGAUUGACAGAGAGGAAGAAACGUGUCUUUUUGUGGCUCACCCUGGAGAGAUGGUGGGCCACCUGGCCGUUCUCACAGGAGAGCCUCUCAUCUUUUCUGUGAGAGCCCACCGUGACUGCUGCUUCCUGUCCAUCUCCAAAACACACUUCUAUGAGAUAAUGCGUGCCGAGCCUCGAAUGGUGUUAAAUGUAGCUCACGCGGUGGUACGGAGGGUUUCCUCGUUUGUCCGACAGAUUGACUUUGCCCUGGACUGGAUGGCACUGGAGGCUGGACGUGCUGUCUAUAGACAAGGUGAUAAGUCAGACAGCACUUUCAUUGUUCUGAGUGGACGUCUGCGUUCUGUCAUCAUGAAGGAUGAUGGGAAAAAAGAGCUUGCUGGAGAGUAUGGGCGGGGAGACCUCAUUGGUGUGGUGGAAGCUUUGACUCAUUUAAACAGAGCCACUACAGUCCAUGCAGUCCGAGACUCUGAACUGGCCAAACUGCCUGAAGGAGCUCUUAACUCUAUUAAGCGGAAAUACCCACAGGUUGUGACUCACCUGAUUCAUCUUCUUGGGCAGAAAAUUUUGGGAAACAUGCAGCAAGGGAAUGGUCCACUAUCAGUGCGCAAUCUGGGUUUUCACACCCCAAGCAGUAAGUGGGACGCAGGUAACCCAGCCGCCAAUCUAUCUACGGUCGCCAUACUGCCUGUGUCUGAGGAGGUGCCUUUGACUGCCUUCACGCUGGAGCUGCAGCAUGCUCUCAGUGCUAUCGGCCCCACUUUGCUCCUAACCAGUGACAUCAUCAAAGAGCAUCUGGGUGUUGCAGCUUUGGACAGUGUUCAUGAGUAUCGUUUGUCGAGCUGGUUGGGUCAACAAGAGGACAUCCACCGGAUUGUUCUGUAUCAGUCUGACAGUUCUCUGACUCCUUGGACUCAACGUUGCAUCAGACAGGCGGACUGCAUCAUCAUAGUGGGUGUGGGGGAACAGGAGCCCACUGUGGGAGAGCUAGAGCGAAUGCUUGAGAGCAGUGCUGUGAGAGCUCAGAAGCAGCUGGUCCUGUUACACCAUCAGGACGGGCCUCCACCAAGAGGAACUGCAGAGUGGCUCAACAUGCGCAGCUGGAUCUCUAGACAUCUGCAUCUGUCAUGUCCCCACAGGGUCUUCUCCAGGAGAAGUCUGCCUAAACUGAGAGAGAUGUAUCAGCGGGUAUUUGAGAAGCCUCCCGACCGGCAUUCUGACUUCUCGCGUCUGGCUCGGAUCCUGACAGGCAACGCUAUCGCUCUGGUGCUGGGAGGAGGGGGGGCCAGAGGCUGCUCUCAGGUGGGCAUCAUUCGGGCGUUGAGUGAGGCAGGGAUCCCUGUGGAUCUGAUUGGUGGCACUUCCAUUGGUUCCUUGAUAGGAGCGCUCUAUGCUGAAGAGCGAAGCGUCAGUCGUAUGACGGUCAGGGCACGCCAGUGGGCCAUGGAUUUUGGAUCCAUUUUUAAGAAGAUCACAGACUUGACAUACCCAGUGACAUCCAUGUUUACUGGAGCAUCAUUUAACUCCAGCAUUAGUGGAAUCUUCCAGGACAAACAAAUCGAGGACCUUUGGAUCCCUUAUUUCAACAUCACCACAGACAUCACUGCCUCCUCCAUGAGAGUGCACACUUAUGGUUCUUUGUGGAGGUACGUGCGUGCCAGUAUGUCUCUUUCUGGGUACCUUCCCCCUCUGUGUGACCCUAAAGAUGGACACUUGCUCAUGGAUGGAGGCUACAUCAAUAACCUACCUGCUGACACAGCUCGCUCGAUGGGUGCCAAGUUGGUGAUUGCCGUUGAUGUGGGCAGUCAGGAUGAGACUGAUCUGACUAAUUAUGGAGACUCUUUAUCUGGAUGGUGGCUGCUAUGGAAACGCUUAAACCCUCUGUCAGAAAAAGUAAAGGUGUUGAACAUGGCAGAGAUUCAGACCCGUCUGGCUUAUGUGUGUUCUGUGCGUCAGCUGGAAAUGGUAAAAGACAGUGACUACUGCGAGUACCUGCGACCACCCAUAGAUCGAUAUGGCACACUGGACUUUGGCAAAUUUGAUGAGAUUGCUGACGUUGGCUACCAGCAUGGGAAGACCGUGUUUGACGUGUGGUGUCGGAGUGGGGUGAGGGAGACAAUGCUCAAAGACCAACAUCAAGAGGAAUUCCACAAAUCCAGGAGCACUAAUGUGACCUGUCCCAAUGCUUCUUUCACUGAUCUUGCUGAAAUAGUGUCCAGAAUAGAGCCAGUGAAGCAGGCUGCGGUGGAUGAGGAGUCUGAGUACCAGACAGACUAUGAUGAAGAUGCAGUGCUAUCAGACUUUGAUCUGUCCAAUCCAAACAGUGAGCACAGUGAAGAGGAUGAGACGGCAGAUACAGCUGAUACAGAUGAUGAAAUGGAGAUCAGGAAAAGGCACCAUCGGGCACUCAACCACAACAGCCAUCAUACCACCUGACCUCAAAUACUUUUUUCUAAGAUGUUUAGUUUUUUUUUUCUUCUUUACAGUAUUAUCAGCCUUUAUAAGGGGUUUUAAGGAUUUUAAUAAGUAACAUUAUCAGUAUUGGAAUUGACUUACUUGAAUUGUUAGAAACUAAAAUGUACUUAAGGAAAAAAAAAGGAAGUAUUAUGGUACAUCUACAUUAAACCACUCUCAUUUUUUAUUCUUUGGGAAGGAUGGCUAACAAAACAGUCCAGUAACAAUUGCCAAAA